UCCAUGAAUCGCUCGCAUAAAAGUGUAAAUUGAUGGAUAAUCAUCAUUCAAGUGCUGUACAAUUAAAACUCCUAUCGAAAUAUGCCCCCGGUUGUCUUCUAUUUGCGAUCCGCAAGCACUUCGCACAAAUAAAUGCUUGAUUGUUUAACAACUCGAAGGUUUAUUCCCCGCUGCAUGGAUUAAGAACCAAAGAUCGACCCUUCUAUUGUACGGUCUGUUCUCUUUCAUCGUUGUUUUUGUUAUGGCUGGAUUAGCAUCAUCAUCAUCAGCUGUACUAUUUCUUAUCAGUGUGUAAUGUUUGAUGUCUUAUGUACUGAGGGAAUCACACCUUUCUCUAGAUGUGGAAAAAACUCUGCUUGUUUCAACAAAUUUCAACACGCACUGAGUUGGUGCUAGCUGAAAAGAUUUAAAGAAAUUAUUAGUACCCAAAAUGCUUCCUUUCAAGAGCUUUAACAAUGCCCAGCGGAAACUCUUACAGCUUGGCUGGAUUGUUGAUGCGUUACACACUGUACUUUGGUUUGCAAACGUGAUCUCCGUCAAUCCAUAACCAAUCGACUGUUAUCAGUCAUACGGAUCAACGCUUUCCGCAUUCCCAUAGCGACCGACAAUCCAAUUGGCUUCAUACGGGCAGCUCAAAGCACUCGUGUGUUCUCCAGUGAACGGUUCACAAGCAGCCAAACAAGCGUCCGCAACGAUCAACAAUGAGUCUUUUUUUGAACGGACGCACGUACAGUUGUCUCGCAUGUCCAAAGUCCAGCCCAUCCUGUUCGGAGCACCAGCAUCCACUGCAACGUUUAAUUUCGUACGAUGAGCUGAUCUCGAAGUAUGCACGCAAGGUGAACAGUGAUCAGUACGAUACCAUCGGUAUCUACACCUGCCCGUACUGUGCCCUGGACCGGUUGACCGUCGACUCACUGUACGAACAUACGCGCGAUCUACAUCCAGCGGCUGUUGCUAACGGCGGUCAACAACUCCCCGCAGUUCACUGUCCAGUUUGUGUGUGCUUUCGGUUGGAAAAUUCUCCUGCCUUUAUUCAGCAUCAAACCGGUGGUUUAUCGGAACACAUGCUCAGUAGACAUUGUUUCGCCAGCACAUAUCAGUACCGGGACGAGCUGAAGCUUCGCAGCGAAUUCUGCUGCGAAGAUGAGUUUGAACUUAUACGGUUUACGGCAACUUUCCUACCACCCGCGAUUAUUACAUCGGACGUACUUUCAGGAUAUGCGGACGAUAAUCACGAUGGGUUACAAUCGUACGGGAAAAUUAGCGCAAAGCAAUUACCGCCAGAGUGUUCCAUCUGUUUGGAGCAAAUCGAGCCUUCCGCAUGUAAAAACUUGCAGCUGUGUGUUCAUCAAUUUCACCGCUUGUGCAUCGACCGGUGGUUAGAGGAGAAAAAAUGCUGUCCAGUGUGUAGGAGUGAAUGUUCCUGAUCUAUUUAAUUUCAUCUAACUUCUGUAUGAUAAAGCUUAUAAAUAACCACGUAUUUAAGACAAGAAGAUUAACUUUAAAUAAAUGAUAAGAUGUAGCUAACAAAA